AUGACUUUAAAGCAUCGAUUGGGUGUGGUUGAUCAGAAAGUGCGCCUGCAUGGAGACGACGAAAAGCACGAACAGACGGAUGCAUGGAGUAAUCGCGAUCUGAUCCCACUCCCGCCAGAGCGGAGGACAUGGGGUUGGUUCAACUUCUUCGGGUUUUGGGCAAUUGCGUCGCUGAACCUCGCAAAUUGGCAGACCCCAAGCACAUUCUUGGUCACGGAAGCUACGGGUUUAUCCGUCCCACAGGCUAUCCUUAUCAUCGUUGUCAGCAGCAUAUUGAUCGCCCUAUUCUCUACAACCAUCGCUUGGGUUGGAUUGAAGUGGCACAUUGGCUUCACAGUACAGAACAGGUAUAGUUGGGGUAUGCGAGGAAGCUUCAUACCUUUGCUACAAAGAAUCCUACUCAACUUCAUUUGGAAUGCGGUCCAAUGUUGGAAUGGCGGCCGUUUAGUUGCUGUAUGCCUUACUGCGAUCUGGCCAUCGUACGCACGCAUGCCGAACACUUUCAGCCCUAGCUUCCCUGCCACGACGGACCAAUUCGUAGGCUUUGUCGUGUUCUGGUUCUUAUCCACCCCAUUCCUGUGGCUGCGGCCAGAGAAGUUCAAGAUUCCAUUCCUCGUAGUCUGCAUAUGGUGCGGCGUCGGCAUGUUGGCAUGGAUGAUCUGGGCAGUGGUAACUGCGAAAGGCGUAGGCCCUCUCUGGAACGCUGGCCAAACCAUCCCUUCAGGCUCCCCUUGGGGUACUUCAUGGCUCAUCAUGGCUGGCAUAAACCAAACCAUUGGCGGACUUGCUGCAGGUAUCACCAAUGGCAGCGACUUCUCACGCUAUGCACGUUCAAGGAGGCACUAUAUCCAUGGUACCAUAGCUAGCUGUGUGAUCACAAACGUCGUCGUCUCAUUGGUUGGACUGGUCACCACUGCUUCGGGACAAAAGAUUUAUGGCGAGAUCUAUUGGAACCCACCAGAUCUACUUAUGCGCAUGAUGGACAACGGGAACGGCUCAUCGCGGUCCCGUGCGGGUGUAUUCUUUCUGGCUGCAGGUUUUGCCUUCACUGCAAUGUUCGAAAACAUAUGCGGUAACGCUGUCUCUGGUGGAAUUGACCUUGCUGGUCUCUUUCCGCGUUACAUCAACAUACGUCGCGGUGCCAUUAUCACGUUUGUGGCUGCAUGGAUCGUCCAGCCAUGGCAACUCAUCAAUCGUGCCACCACUUUCAUCGCUGUCUUGUCGUCCUUCUCUGUAUUUUUGGCGCCUAUAAUUGGUAUCAUGUCAUGCGAUUACUUUCUCUUGCGAAAGAGAAGGGUUCGCCUGAGUCAUCUAUACCGAACAGAGGACUCGUCGUACUACUUCACCAAAGGCUUUAAUUGGCGGGCGAUACCGUCUUGGCUUUGUGGUUGGGCACCAACUAUUGGAGGCCUCGUCGUGACCGUCAGAGGAGAUGUUGAUCCCCCGCGGUCCUUAGUGCAACUCUACAAUAUGGCCUUCUUGAUAGGCUUCUUUAUCAGCGCCGUUGUCUUCUACAUACUCAACCUGAUCUUUCCCGUCCCUGAUAUGGACCAGAUCGAUCCCACCGAUCUAUACGGUACCUUCACGGAGAGGGAGGCCAGGCGAGCUGGUGUAUCUCCACUAGACGAUGCGCCAAUGCAGGUGGCAACACAUGGACGGCGAUCGACCGAACAUGUUGUGAUUUAUGGAGAGAAGGGUGUGUAA